AACAAACGGUCAGUGUGAUUGCAAAACCGAUAGAAUGAAAAGCGCGUAAUAAUUUGAUUUUUAAUACUAAUUCUUUCGGUUAAAACCCAUUUUUCUCACCUUUUAACCUGAGUGUUAACAAGUUUCUAAAAUGUUGGAAAUUAUAUCCUGCGCUAAGGACACCAAGUUGCACACAUUUCCUGCUUUCGAGUCGCUGUGUUCAAGUGCUCAUGUGAAUAGCAAUGGCAGCGAAUGCCAGUUUUUCCCUGGGACCAAGUUGUUACUCCGCUCCAACAAGAGCUGGGGUGUUGAAAUGCUUCGCAUAAAAAAUGUAGAGGGGCAACCAACCAUUGCAAACGUGAAAAAAAUUGCCAUGGAUAAUCUGUACUGUGCGGCCUGUCCGAAAACAGAUCGCGAGGAUAUCGCAGUGGGCUUGACUUCCGGUUUGAUUCGUUUCAUGAAUUACAAGAAAUCCUCAAUUACGAAACGGUUUGAGGCCGACCGAGUUGCUAAUGGAGUUACUUUUUUGGACUUCAGUGCCACUGAUGACUUUCUGGCGGCGGUUUACGAAAGCGGAACGGUGAAUCUUUACGGAAUUAAAACUAACAGCCGACUGGCGACAAUGAGCUUUGAUAAACACACUACAAAGGUCCGCUUUCAUCCAACGAAACGAUUUCUACUCUCGGUCGCUUCCUACAAUGGUGCAGUUGUGUUAUUCGACACACAGACCAAAAAGAUCGUUUUCAAUCAGUCGGAAGCGCACGCUGCCCCUUGUCGGGAUAUCGCAAUGACAGCUAGCAACCCGGAUGCCUUGUUUAGUGCUGGUUAUGACAACGUCAUCAACAUAUUUGAUACUCGUAAAAAAGCAGUGGCAUCACAGAUCUCUUCAAAUUAUCCGUUCGAAUCGUUGGCACUAUCGGAAUGCGGAGGUUACUUUUGCGCUGGAAACCUGAAGGGUUGCGUUUACGGAUACGAUAUGCGAAAUUUGUCGAAACCUCUCAAAACUAGUGCAUUACAUGAAAGUAUAGUGACAAGUAUUGCAUUUGUCCCCAAGCCAUUGGAAAAAGAAAAUAGUCGCUUAAGCUUCGACCCAUCGCUGCCACCAUCUCAACCGACGGAGAUUGCUGUGAAAUCUUCUACGGCAACAGAUAUAUCGUCUGUCCCUAUUAUGCCCAAUGGAGGAAAACAAGAACAUGACAGUUUUAUGGGUGAAAUAGAUCAGUUUCUACAGCGCCGUGAUUCGAUGGAUUAUGUUUCAAGGUUGAGCUCAUCCUCUCGACUUAGCACUGAAUCUCGCACGAGUUUGAAUAUGGGUGGCAACAAUAUGAUGGGAUUUCUAGAUGAUAUUUCCGACAGCAAUAUGGAUGUUGAUCAGCUGGAUUCCGCUGUCAACAAUGCCAAUCAAGAUGAAGGUUAUGUCAACGUUAACCGACUAAUAAAACGAACAUCCAUUAAAAAGCAGUGUUCUGUAGAUCGAUCUCAACGAACUGCUGCUAAUCUAGAAAAUAUUCGAGAAGAAUCUGACCUAGAUGGCAGUCGUGCUUUGGUGGAGAUACCUUCCGAAUCAAACGUCGAAACGCAAAUUCAAAAGCUUGCAAACGAUUCCUCAAAACGAUUAUCACAGCGUCGUUCUGUUAAUUUGGAAAAUAAAGAAAAUCAUCGCGUAACACUGGAAGUCACUUCAACUCCAAUCACCGUAGACCCUGCUGUUUCCGUUGACUGGGAAACACCGAAAACGAGUGCUUCAAGUAACAAUCCGAUGCCAGCUAAUAUCCAAGCCGCAUUUCAGGAAUUGAAGUUAGAAAUUUCUACCCUACGAGCGGAGCUUCGAGAAGAAAUCAAGGAACAGUUUUUUCAAAACCGAGUUGAUCGGAAAUACACGGCCCAGGCUUCCCGUAGUCAUAACUGGAUGGGUACGUUCAAUCUAUGGCAAGAGACUCAGAAGAAGCUGGAAAAAAUUGAUGAAGUUACACAAACCGGGUUUGGUCUGCUACUCACGAAUGAUGAAUUCACCCAACGCUUUAUGGCACUACAGCGGGAAAAUAGACAACUUAGGAGGCGACUAGCAGAAUUAGAACACACGAAUGUAAAUCCUUAAGCUGGUUCGCAGAAGUCGUUCGCGCUGUCACUGUGUGAUAAAUGGAAUAUUUUGGAAAAAUUGCGUUUUAUCGUUAUUUUUAUGUAAUACGAUAGGAUAUUUUUAGGCUUUUUCAAUAAGUUUUUAAUAUGAUACACAUUUUUAAAAUAUAUCUUUCCGAAACGAAA